GUAAUGCACGAUUUUGUCAUGGGUAAUGUAACGUUAGGUUGCCCAUCGGAACUGUGCUGAAAUUCGGCCAAAGAUUACAAAUUUUCCUCUUCCAAAUACAAAUAAUGAUGUCAGGUCAUUUCAAGCGUGCCAACUCCACAGUCACCAAGCCCUUUGUCUCCAUGGAGCCAGAGACGAGUCACAACAAUAGCAGCACACCUCUCCGUCUCUUUGUAGACGCCAAGAAGAAAAUCAAUGAGAUCUUCGGAGAGGUUGCAUCGCACAUGAAGGAGGGCCAAGAAUUCAUCAUUGGAAUACCAAGCGAGCUUCAUGUUGUCUCGAGUGAUCAUCAAGAGAAAGUAAAUGAGUCCUACAACCAGGUUCAGGGAAUCCGUGAGGUGCUAGCCAGGGACCACAUGAAGGUGGCCUUUUUUGGCAGAACAAGUAAUGGGAAGAGCAGUGUAGUGAAUGCUAUGCUGAGAGAUAAGGUGCUACCUACGGGCAUAGGACAUACUACAGACUGCUUCCUGUGCGUUGAAGGCAGCGAUACCACAGAACCAUAUCUUCAAGUUGGAGAUUCCGAACAAAAACUCAGCGUAAAGUCUGUAGGUCAGAUUGCCAAUGCUUUAUCUGAUGAGAGGAUAUGUGAUCAGAGUAGUUUUGUCAAGGUGUGCUGGCCAAAGUCACGCUGUCAUCUCCUGCAAAAUGACGUCGUUUUCCUUGACAGUCCUGGUAUCGACGUUGAGCCCAAUUUAGAUGAUUGGAUUGAUAAAUACUGUAUGGAUGCCGAUGUGUUUGUUCUGGUCUCCAAUGCUGAGUCCACCUUAAUGAGAACGGAGAAAAGCUUCUUUCAUAAGGUCAGUGAGAAGCUGUCUAAACCAAAUAUCUUCAUUUUGAAUAAUCGCUGGGAUGCUUCAGCAAAUGAGCCUGAAAUGGAAGCAGUAAAGAAGCAGCAUUUACAGAGAGACAUUGAGUUCCUUGUAGAUGAGCUGAAGGUAGUAACGAGACAACAAGCAGAGGACAGAGUUUUCUUCGUCUCGGCUAAAGAAGCUCUCAUCACCCGUAUCCCUAAGCCAGCACACACACCAGAUUCGAGUGGACCUCUUGCAGAUGGGUUUCAGGCUAGACUGUUUGCCUUUGAGAAUUUUGAACGUAAAUUUGAGGAAUGUAUAUCACACUCUGCAGUUGUAACCAAGUUUGAGCAACAUGCUAAGCAGGGUAAGCAGAUUGUGACGUCUACACAAGACAUCUUAGAUGAAGCACUUCAGGCAUCGUCUCAAAAACGGGCGACGUGUAUAGAGAAACGUAAAGACCGAACUGACAGACUGGAAUAUGUUACAACCCAACUGAAGCUGCUCACCGGAGAAUGCAAAGAGAAAAUUAAGGAUACAGCUGAACAGGCCGAGACCAAGGUAUCAGCGGCCAUGACAGAUGAGAUCCGAAAGUUAUCUCUCCUAGUGGACCAGUUUGAUCGAUCAUUCCAUUCAGACGCGCUCGUUGUUAAAGUCUACAAAGAGGAGUUGCAGAAGCAUUUAGAGGCAGGUCUUGGUCGUAAUCUAGACGCUCGGUGCUCCUCAGCUGUUAUGCAUGAUGUCCAUCAGAUCCAAACACAGAUGACAGACGGUAUGUCGGCCCUCCUCCCCGACGAGUCCAAGGAGCAGAUGGGAAGCCUCCUCUUCAGACGAGACUUUGAUUUGAGCUAUCGCUUGGACUGCCAGCAUCUCUUUGCCGACUUCUCCGAGAACGUAGAGUUUCAUUUCUCACUCGGCUUCACUGCUCUCAUGAACCGCUUCCUGGGGCCCAAGAACACCAGGGUGGCCAUGGCUGGCUUCGCUAACGCGAUUCCACGCCCUUUUCCAAAUGCUGACGUAGCAGGUGCCACCAAAAAUGAAGAAGAUAUGACAGUUGCCAUGGUGACAGGAUUAGCGUCUCUGACAUCACGUACCUCAAUGGGGCUGAUGAUUGUCGUUGGCAUUGUUUGGAAAGCGGUUGGUUGGCGAGUGCUUGCAGUUGGGGGCGGUCUUUACUCCCUCCUGUACGUCUAUGAGCGUUUGACGUGGACCAAUAAAGCCAAGGAGAAGGCUUUCAAGCAGCAGUUUGUGCAAUACGCCUCAGAGAAGCUGAAACUAUUGGUCAACUUCACCAGUGCAAAUCUUAGCCAUCAAAUUCAACAGGAGCUGUCCGGCACCUUUUCCCGUCUAUGCCUUGAGGUUGACAACUCCCGUGACACACUGAAGAAAGAGUUGAUCCAACUGGAAGCAGAGAGUCAGAAACUGGAAGCGAUGAUGUCAAGAGCCAAAGUCUUAAGGAACAAGGCAGGAUGGCUGGACAGUGAAUUAGAUCGCUACAUCCGGACAUACCUACAACACUGACGAGCAAGAGAUGGAUACUUUAAGAUAAACACGGCAUUGAGGAGUAAAGUGGCACAGCAUUGGUAUUUGAAGAGGACGUUCUUUCCAAGCCUCUAGUAUUAAAGAAAGAUAACAUUACCCUCUGACAAACUGUCGUCAUUUCGGCUGCAGAUGUUACGGAAAAAGAUGAAUUUACAAGUAACAUGUGAGAUGGGAUCACGCAAUAUGAGUGGUUUGUCGACCCAGGUAAUUUUGUCUUUUUUUGUUACACAUUUGAGAAAUAAAUACACGAAUUACGGUUUACCAUUACACACAAUGGACAGUUAAUAUUGGAAACCAAGACCUAAAUUGUGUAUUGAUUAUAUGCAGCACACGCUGGUAAAAAACAUGGCGUCACGACCUUCGUCUUUUUUUAAACUGGGAGAAUAAGGUUUCAAGCUCAUUUGAUUUAUUACAAACCGGUAGGAGCGACUAUCGUACAAGAAGUAGGGUCUCAUCUCUGCAACAAAUAUUCUGGGGAAGUAUAUUUUUGAGUUUGUAGGCUUUUACUAGACUCUUACGCUAGUGACUGGUCGCUAGUGACGCUAAAUCCCUUAAAACAAACUUUGUAACAAGAUGAUUACAAAUCGAAUGGUCGCACAGAAUGUGUAAGAGGACUCUUAUGGGUGCUAUUGUGACAUCUUUUUUGGGGCGUCGCCAUUUGCAAACAACGAGUAAACAGUUAAUCUGUCCAUAUGAUCAAUUUAUCACUAAAAUAAAUGGUUCAUGAGAGGGUUUAUUCUUAAAGGUAGUCAGUGAAACUUUUAAGUGUCAUACAAUCAUUGACUUCAACUGCAUGCUAUAUAUUACUUUAAAAUAUUUGUGCAAAUUGGCACCACUGUCCACAGAACCAACAGUUUACAUUUGUGUCUACUGUUUAGAGCACUCAUCAGAUAAUAUUAUGUAUAUUCUGGCAUAUUGUUUUUAUUAAUUUUGGUUUUUAACCAUACACCGAUGUGUGUUUGCAUGCACUGUUAACUCGGUACU